AUGACUCGUACCCUCCCUCUUUUUACCCAUUUCGCUGGCAAUUAAGUCCGUUACACUUGAUUUGCUGCGAAGCCUUCCGACCGAAUCCACUCCUCGGUCGCUCUCGGUCGACUGCCGCCGCCCAGCCGACUCGACCUUCCCAUCGGCCUGGUCAGCUAUUUCUUGGAUCGUUUGCCCUCCCUCUUCUUUCCGACCUCGUUGGCUACCAUAGUCCGGUACACUGGACUUGCUGCGAGCCUUGCAACCGCGUAUCCUCCGCGGUUGCCUCUCGGUCGACACCCCUUUCGCUUCUUCGCGCUUUCGCGCACUCUCUCGCUCUCUCCCUCGUCUCUCGCGUGUAGUCAUCGUCAUCCCCUCCGACGUUGCCUGUCACGACAUGUCUACAAGCACCAUGGGGUCCCAUCCAGCAUUGUGUCCGAUCGUGACCCAAAGUUCACGGCCCAUUUCUGGAAGGCGCUGCAACGGAAGGUUGGCACGGAGCUGCGCAUGUCUACAAGCGCUCAUCCACAGACCGACGGAGCAAGCGAGAAUCGGAUCAAGAUGGUGGUGCAGUCCUUGCGUCUUCUCUGCGCCGGAACCCCUGAUAACUGGGCAUCUUGUUUGACAGAAGCAGAGUUCGCCCUCAACUCGGCAACGGCAGGCGCCACGGGGUUCUCCGGUUUCGAGACCACUUACGGAUUUCAACCACGCACUUGGGCUGUUACGGAUGUGCCCCGGGCCGAUGCCUUUGCCGAUAGUCAUUGCCUUCGUCUCCUCGAUGCCACCGAUGCCAUCCUUGGCGCGCGACUCGACCAAUCGAUCCAGGCAAACAAGCAUCGUCGACCGGAUUCCGCUGAGUUUCAAGUGGGCAACAAAGUAUACCUGUCCACUAAAAACUUGGCUUUUCCCCCAGGACAGAGCCGGAAGUUCUUGGCACGCUACAUUGGGCCCUUCACCAUCGUAGCAGCCCAUCCGGCGACGUCAAACUACGACCUGGACCUGCCACCCGAGAUGUCUCGCGUUCUGCCUCGCUUCCAUGCCUCGCUGCUGCGCCCACACUUCCCGAACGAUGACAAGCGCUUCCCCGGUCGUUCAUUCGGGCAGUGUGUGAUCGAGGACGCGGCCGACCCUGCUUCGGACUUUGCGGCAAUCGAUGUUGUGUUGAACAAUCGCUUCCGGAACAACUGUCGCUCGUUUUUAGUGCGCUUUGUGGGCCGUCCGGACGCUGAUGAUGUGUGGAUCGACGAGGCGGUGUUGCGUCUACAAGCCCCUUCAAGACUUGACGAGUACAUCCGGAGGCUGGAUCGGCAAGGGCGCCAAUUGGCCGGCCCAACACCUCGCCGUAGGGUCAAUUCUGGGGGGGGAUAG